GUGUACACACGGUAGAGUUGAUCGCGGCGCUCGCGCUCGUAGUAAACUCAGCAGCGUCCUCCUCCAUUAGUGCGCUUUGAGCGCGAGCUCCUGCGGCCGAGAGAAAAGAAACGAAAACAAAAACAAACAAACCGGGACUGCCUCUAUAUAUGACGUUAUUUACGGCAAAGUCGCUUUCCCGGACAUCCUCGCGUGUGGAAUCGCUUUUACAAGAAGUUGUGGAUCACAGCGGGGCUGUGUGAGGAGAGAGAGGAGGAGAAAUGUCAGGGGAAGUAAAGCAGGACCCGAAGCCUCCAUAGGAGCAGAAAUCAGCCCUGUCGUCGAUCCAGUGCUCCGGAGUGGAACACAGCUGUGUCCUCGCGAUGUGGAGCUGCAUGGGUUAUAAUGAGACAGAAGGCAACACUGACCUGGCUGUUUGCUGGGACUUGGGCCUCGCUCUGUCCAUCUUCUCCUUCUUUUACCUCAUUGUGUGCUUCCCUGUGGGGCUGUGCUACAAUGCCCUGUUGGUGGCAGUGAACCUCUCCAACAAGAUGUCCAUGACGAUGCCGGAUGUCUACUUUGUGAACAUGGCUAUUGCUGGGCUUGUGUUGAACCUGGUAGCUCCAGUCGAGCUCCUGGGCCCAGAUUUCAUGCGCUGGCCUGCGUGGGAGCAUAAUGAUGAGGUGUACAUCACCCUCCUCAUCCUGUUCAACAUCUCUUCCCUGGUUAUCAUGUACUCAACAGCAUUGCUCAGCCUAGACUACUACAUUGAGCGGGCACUGCCACGCACCUACAUGUCUAGUGUUUACAACACCAAACACGUGUGCGGCUUUAUCUGGGGCGGCGCCGUCCUGACUAGCUUCUCCUCGCUACUCUUUUAUGUGUGCAACCAUGUGUCGGCUAAGAUCCUCGAGUGCUCCAAGAUGCAGAACAAAGAAGCUGCCGACGCCAUCAUGACACUCAUCGGGUAUGCCGUGCCGGCUGCCGCCGUGCUCUACGCCCUCUGCCUCAUUCUGCGCAUCCGCAAGGAGGCCACGCCCUUGGACCAGGACUCAGGAAGGAUGGAUCCUUCUAUCCACAGGCUGCUCCUGGCCUGUGUGGGUGUGCAGUUCGUCCUGUGGACACCAUACUACACCACACUGAUGCUGCUGACGGUGGUCGAUGCGCCCUGGAUGCAGAGAGCUGGCACUUACGCCUUUCUGAGAGGCUUUUCACAGCUGCUUGCCUUCUCCAGCAGCUUCAUCAUGCCACUCAUGUACAGGAAGAUGAACAAAAACUUUGCCCACAAGCUCCAGCAAUUGUUGAAGAGGCUGCCUUGUGGAAAGCAGUCGUGUCCUCAUGAACACUCUGUUAUACAGCAGGUGAUCACGUGAGGACCUGGUGAUCGGAGCUUUGCUGCUCUUUGCUGCACAAAACACAGACCUCUGGAAAACUGUGAAACUGUGGAAUCUCUCUCAUGAUGCUUAACUUUUUAACCAGAUCUGCUUUAUUGCGUCUUACGGCCAAGACUGGAGAAGAAAACCAAUCCGUAGAACUCACCCACGCUCUGGAAGGGAAACUUGAACUCAAACCUGGUAGCAGUCUGUUACAGGAUAUUACACAGGCUUUUCUUCUGUGCUUAGUGACCAACUUGAAGGCAUUUAGCUGAAAGCUAUAUGUUGAUUGAGGCUUCUAAAGUUACCCACAAUGCUUGGGUUCUGGAGUGUGAUCAUGCCUCUCUUCAUUAAAGAUAGCCAAUUCGUAAAUGUUACGAUACUAGAAAACAUUGUUUAUAAUAAAUGCCUUAGAUUAAUGCAAACGCUGCUCCUCACUUCCUCCUGAGUUUUGACAUAUAUUACUUUCUGCAGCUGAACCCGAAGCAUUUAAUUGUUAAAUCAAAACCAGUGAUGGAAUAAUGUUAUUUAUUCUAUCCACUUUCACUGGAUAUGAGCAAUCGCACGCUCUGAUUGGCUACUGUGCUACUAGGAUAUCAGCUCAUAUACCAUGAGUAGGGAAAAACAAAAUGACGGUGCAUGUUGCUGAAUCAACUGAGGCCGAAAUAAAAACUCUACUCCAAAACAAAACCCCAAAAAUACAAAAAAAAAGCAACAAAAUAUGGAAUAAAAGUAUUUGAUGGUAAGAAGGUAUCUUUUAUUUUUCAAGAAUUAUUAUUAUUAUAACAUUUUUCACAAAUUGCUACUGUCAUUUCGUCAGUUUGUUUAUAUUCUAAGCAGAAAUGAUUUUGUCGGACAUUUUGGAUAAAGUUUUCAUUUAGCGGAUUUGCAAAAAAUAAAAAAUGCUCCGUUUCUUAAAAUCCAGUGAAUGUGGAUAGAAUAAAAGAGUUAUUCCACUCAAUCUCGUCGUACACAGCUUAUAGCCGAUUCGGCGCGUAUCAGCUCAUGUACAACUCAAUUUUGUGGAAUAACUGUCAAAUGUGUAUCAUGGAUAUCAGGAACAAGUAGCUACGUCCUGUUGGUUACUCCAUUUUCUUUUUUUUUUUUCUCAAGUCAUCGGAGGUGGAGUAAAAAAAACCUUCAAGCUAUUUCCUUUCAUUUUGUGAAUCUGACAAGAAACGGGUAUUUUGACACACUGAGAGCGACAGUGAUAAACGUUGGCCAGUGUCUCUUGCGUGAUUAUUUGCAUUGCUUGUCCUUUUUAAUGUGUUAUAGUACAAGUAAUAAAAUCCCACUGCAAAUGAGAUGCUGCAGGAAACCCAGCAUUCGACUUCAGUUAAUAAUUAUUUAACUCUGACCAAAGUCUCAUUGAUUAUCGUGAAAUAUUUUAAGAGUAAAUAUUGGUCAGUUUGAUGCCAUUGGCCUAAAUCGAGUCAGUAACUGCAAAGUCAAGGGAAAAAAAUAAUUACAUAACAUAUAACAAAUAAAGUAUGCUGUACAUUUCUUGACUAGACUUACCUACUUGUACAUGAUCGUUAACCAGAGUAUUAAGAUUCUUACUCUUCAGACAGAACUCUUUCUGCAUUAAAGACCCGUGUAUGAAAUUAAAACGUUAUACAUAUAAAAAACCCAAUCGAACAGACAAGCAGCACUUCUAGCGCCAAGACACUGUUAAAGUUUAACAGGCAGGAAAUGGCGCUCCUGCUUGCAUGAAGUUUUACCGUAAGCUUAAGUAUGUAUACUUCAGUUCUCGUCUCCUUGGUCUUGAGCCAAUGAAUUUUUAUGACAAAAUGAAUAGAUUUAUGUAUUUUUUUUAAACAAAGUACUGUAUGUGUAUUGACAGAGAAAAUUGUAUCAUUUAAAAUCCAUUUAUGUAAGCAGAGGAAAGAAUAUAUUUAUGUCUAGUUAUCUAACCUUUAAACGAUUAAACAGUAAUCGUAAAGCUAUGGUCAUUGCUAGUGUGUUUACACCCGUAUAAAUGUAUAUAUGAAAUAUAUGUGUAUAUACUGUAUGUCAGAGAUUUUACAGGAAUAGACAUCAUUUCAGAAUUACAGUAUUGUUUCUCAGAGAUUUAUGUAGUCACUAUUGAG